GAGUGGAGCGAGGCGAGGAUCGUAGUUGCCAUUUCCCGACUGCGCUGCUGCAGAAAUGGUCAACGUUCCUAAAACCCGAAGGACUUUCUGUAAGAAGUGUGGAAAGCAUCAGCCUCACAAAGUGACCCAGUAUAAGAAGGGCAAGGAUUCCCUUUAUGCCCAAGGAAAGAGGCGCUAUGAUCGGAAGCAGAGUGGCUAUGGUGGGCAGACAAAGCCAAUUUUCCGGAAGAAGGCUAAAACCACAAAGAAGAUUGUGCUGAGGCUUGAAUGUGUUGAACCUAACUGCAGGUCCAAGAGGAUGCUGGCCAUUAAGAGAUGCAAGCAUUUUGAACUGGGAGGAGAUAAGAAGAGAAAGGGCCAAGUGAUCCAGUUCUAAGCUUUGAGUUUCUUCUUUUAUUUUUGAGAAGAAAAUGUUGACCCUGUAGAAAAAUUACCCGUAUGAAAAUAAAGUCAUAUUUUUA